AUGUCCCCAACACAAGAAUAUAUCAGUGAUGAUCAAGACUAUACAAUGGAACUAACUGAAAGUGUUCCUCUUAAAGAGAAUAUUGAAGAAACCAAACCUGAGGAGAAAAAGACAGUUAAAGCGACGCUUUUACAUAUCUUCAGAAAUGUGACCGUAGAACCAACAAUGUUUUUUUUUGUGGUAUCGCUUCUUUUAACUACGUUGACGUCACAGAACUUGAGUCUUGAAAAAGCCUGUCGCGUCAAUCUUAACAUUACAACAGAUAUAUGUAAUGCUCUACGUGCGCAAGAUAUAGAAAGCCGAAAUGAAUAUGAAAGAAACACACAGAAAUUAGUUACAGCUUCGAUGGCUUGGAAAACAUACUUGACUGCAACUUUUCCUUGUGUUUUUGCUCUUUUUGUUGGGUCAUGGUCAGAUAGAACAGGGCGGAGAAAAAUUUUCAUUCUCAUACCAAUUGCAGGACAGAUUCUUGUUUGCAUUAACGGCAUGUUAAAUACGUAUUUCUUCUAUGAACUCCGUCUGGAAUAUUUUGUGUUAACUGAAGGAAUUUUAGAAGGAUUUUCCGGUAGUUGGUGUGUUUGUUUUAUGGUGAUCUUUACAUAUAUCACUGCUAUCACAACAAUCAAAAAUAGAACGUUUCGCAUGGGAUUAAUAAAUUUCAGCUUAACAGCAGGAUUUCCAGUAGGAAUGGGUAUUAGUGGAAUAUUACUCAAAACUUAUGGAUAUUAUGUUUGUUAUGGAUUGGCAUGUGGUAUACAUGCUGCUAACUUUACGUACAAUCUAUUCUUUAUAAAAGAUACUACAAAAACCAAGGAUCAGACAGAGGUAGGCGGCCAGGGCUUCCUUUGCUUUUUACGUGCAUUUUUCGAUCUUACAAACAUAAAGGAAAUAUUUGCAACUAUAUUAAAACAUGGUCCUAAUAAUAGAAGAGCGCGAAUUAUCGUCUUGCUAGUUGUGGUCGCUAUAUUGUUUGGUCCAAUGCAUGGUGAAAUAUCAGUUUUAUACAUAUCCACUAGAUACAGAUUCAACUGGGACGAAGUCAAAUUCAGUAUUUUUCAAACUUAUAAUUUUGUGACACAUACAAUAGGUGCUCUAUUUUCGAUACUCUUUUUUAGUAAAUAUUUAGGCUGGCACGAUGCGCUGCUUGGAAUUAUUUCUACUGUGAGCAAAAUUUUAGGAUCUUUUGCAUAUUGCUUUGCACGCAGCCAAUGGGUAUUUUUUCUCGCACCUCUGUUUGAAAUUUUGAACGGGACAUCACUGUUGGCUUUGAGAUCAAUACUUUCAAAACUGGUAGCAGCCGAUGAGUUUGGUAAAGUGAACUCGUUAUUCGCCUUAACUGAAAAUCUCAUGCCUCUCCUCUAUAUUCCGAUGUAUACAAAAAUGUACACUGCAACAAUGGAAGGACUGCCGGGAGCAGUAUUCCUGUUGGGAGCUGCCAUGACUCUACCAGCUGUUUGUGCAUUCAUCUGGUUUUUCUAUGACUACAGAAAAAAUUUAAAAAGAUCGAUCGAACGAAAUAAUGUCGACUAA